AAUAGUUCUUGGAUCAUCGAUUUCUGGAGUCAUAGACAUAUUGAUGGCAGGAUAAAUAGCAAAAGCAAACACUGCGAUAGCAGUUAAAAUCCAAAUGGGUAGUGCAACUGCCCAAUAUUUGGAUGGCCAAUAUGUUACAAUGUAUACAUGAUGGCGGGUGUAUCUAACCUUAUCACAACUCCAACUGUUCAUUGAUAACCGUUAGGCAGAAUUUGUAGAAAACGAUAUUGUUUUCUAAAAAGAAAGACCAAAUUCAAUAAUUUUUUAUGGCAAAGCGAUCUAAAAAAUGGACAUAACGUUGGACGAUCGAUUAAGUGCAUUUCAACAGAUAAGUCAGAGGAAGUUUGUGGAAAUUUUAGAUGCCAUUCCCGGCACUAAAGACUUUAUUAUUGAAGAUAAAUUGAUGAAAAUACUCGACUCUUUUGUCGGUGUGUCUGUUUUAAGAAAAUAUGGUGUGGACAAAUUGUUCAAAUUUACUCAAGGCUUGAGGCCAACGAAUAGCCAAAGAAUUUAUGUACUCAGCUGUGAUUUAGUUGUUUGUCAACAUGCAUUCGAUCAAAUUAGAUCUGAAAUAUUACAGACUUCUGGACUUUCACAUCAUCUUCUUAUUGCACCUUCUAUUCCUAUAGCUUUAGAUAAUUUACUUGAAGAAAAUGGUCUGUAUGGUCAAGUUACCAUGAGACCAUUGUCUUGGGAGUUGAUUAGAAUAGAUGGAAAUGUGUUAUCUUUAGAAAUACCAAUGUUCACUGACUUGUUUUAUCACAAAGAUACAAGCUUACUUCCAGCUUUAGCUAAGAGCUUGUGGACUUUGCGAAUGAUCUUAGGAGCCCCAAAUUUUAGUCUUGCUUUGGGAAAACAUAGUCAACAAAUUUUGAAAAUGAUUCCUGCAAUUGAUGAAUCUCUGAGCUCACCAAGUCCAAAGGAAAAAAUCGGUGCCUUAAUUAUAAUGGACAGGAAUAAGGAUUUUGUUUCUACAUUGUUGAAACCUGUUACUUAUUUAGGAUUGAUAGGAGAAGUCAUGGAAAUAAACAUUGGAUUAGUAACCUUUGAAAAAUCAAAAGUAGCAUUAGAUCCAGUAAAGGAUCAAGUGUACAGUGAAGUGAGAGACAAACAUUUUUGUGAAGCUUUUGAUUUGCUAAGAAAGAAAGCUAAAGCACUUAAAUCUGAGCAAGAAAAUAUAAAUUUACAAUCAAUGAAAGUGUCAGAGAUGGGCCAUUAUAUUAAAACAACACUAAAAAAAACCACUAAAACUAAACAAGAACUGGAAUUCCACUUGUGUGCAUGUGAAGCAGCUAUUAAUGCAUUUUCAUUGAAUUUUGAUGUUUUGCAGUCUGUAGAAACUUCAUCACUCCAAGGUAGCCAAAGAAGUGAAUGCCUAGAUUAUAUUUUAAGAAAUAUGGAUGACAAUCCUUAUCAAAGUUUGAAAUUACUAUCUCUUUUAUCAAUAACAAGUGAUGGAGUGACUAACAAUGAAAUACAGUCUUUACAAAAAGCACAUUUACAUGCUCACGGUUAUCAAAAUAUACCAUUAUUUUACAAAAUGGAAAUUGCAGGUCUUUUAGCAAUGAAGUCUGAAAAUAUAAUGAGACUGCCCAACUGGAUGAGUAAAUGGACUGCUAAUGCAAAACGUCUCAAACUGCUUCCUUUAAAAAAUGUUGAUGUAAAGGGACCCACAUGUUCAAGUUAUGUCUUUAAUGGAUCUUACAUACCAGUUAUAGCGCAAGUUUUAAGCAUAGUCGUUACUCGAGCAACAGAUCCAAAAAAUUUUGAAGAACUAACUAACACUGUGGGAUGUGUUUUCAGUGGCAAUCAAGGACCAAUCAAUCCUCAAACAGUAGUUGUUUGCGUGGUUGGCGGUAUAACGUACAGUGAAAUAUGCGCGUGUAGACUAAUAGAAAAAUUAGCUGGUAUUCGAUUAGUCUUGGUUUCAGAUUGCAUUUUAACAGGAACAAAAAUGAUUGAGAGUCUGAAAAACGCUUGAUUCGUCAACUACUCACAAGAGA